AGAGAUGGCCUUCGGCGGCGCCCAGCCUCCCUACCUGAGCCCAGUCAUCCCCUUCACUGGGAUAAUCCAAGGGGGUCUCCAGGACGGACUUCAGAUCACCAUCAAUGGGACCGUUAUAUAUUCCAACGGAGACAGGUUUGCUGUGAACUUUCAGACCGGCCACAAUGACAAUGACAUUGCCUUCCACUUCAACCCUCGGUUUGGAGAAGGCGGGUAUGUGGUCUGCAACACGAAGCAGAAAGGAAGCUGGGGGCCUGAGGAAAGGAAGAUGCAAAUGCCCUUCCAGAGGGGCUGUCCCUUUGAGCUCUGCUUCCUGGUACAGAGCUCGGAGUUCAAGGUGAUGGUGAACAGGAACCUCUUCACGCAGUACGCACACCGCGUGCCCUUCCACCGCGUCAACACCAUCUGCGUCACAGGCGCCGUGCAGCUGUCCUACAUCAGCUUUCAGAACACUGGCGCAGCUCUCAUCCCGCCCUCCUCCUCCACGGUGCAGUUCUCCCAGGCUGCCUGUUUCCCACCCAAGCCCAAGGGGCGCAAACCGAAACCUCCAAGGAUCUCACCGGCCAGCUCGGCUCCCAUUACUCAGACCGUCAUCCACACCGUGCGGAGCACCCCUGGACAGAUGUUCCCUAAUCCCAUGAUCCCACCCAUGGCAUAUCCCAGCCCAACCUAUCCGAUACCUUUCUUCACCUCUAUCCCCGGUGGGCUGUACCCCUCCAAGAGCAUCAUGGUGUCGGGUACCGUCCUGCCCAGUGCUCAGAGGUUCUACAUCAACCUGUGUUCCGGGAGAGACAUCGCCUUCCACCUGAACCCCCGCUUCGACGAGAACGCCGUGGUCCGCAACACGCAAAUCAACAGCUGCUGGGGGUCUGAGGAGCGAAGCCUGCCCCGACAGAUGCCCUUCUUCCGAGGCCAGAGCUUCUCGGUGUGGAUCAUGUGUGAAGGCUCCUGCCUCAAGUUGGCUGUGGAUGGCCAGCACCUGUGUGAAUACUACCACCGCCUGAAGAACCUGCCCGCCAUCAACAGCCUGGAGGUGGGGGGCGACAUCCAGCUGACCCACGUGCAAACAUAGGCCAGCCCUGCCCUGGGCUGCUGUCUGGCUCUGCUCAUCAC